GUAUUUCUCUACGCCUCCGGGGGCCGCCUCACCAUCCUCCCAAUCACGCAAACCUUCUACCGCUUCCAACGCCUUGUCAACUCGUUCCUUCGAGUUUGCCCCUCAUCGUUCUCCCCUUCAGAAGCUUGAGCUCGAGUUGAAACAUAUUAGCCAGGAGGAAACUGAUGCGCCUCAAAUAGGACGCUCCCUUACUAAGAAGCAAGAGGAGCGUCUUCAGAGGAGCACAACUGUCACCUCAAGGGCUACAAACCGAGGGGGUACCACUAGUGCAUCUGCAAAGGGACAUCCAAAGAUUGAGGAGGACAGCAACCAACAUACCGAGACUGAUACCAAGCACCACCAUCAUCGACACAAAAUCGCUGAGAUGUUGGGCCAUCAUUCGAAGCAUAAGGAUGAACUGGAUGAGAGGAAGAAGCAAGAAGGGAAGAAGAAACAGGAUGAAAGGGGCGGUUACUACGAUACCCCAUCUCAGGCGGACGAAUUGCAUGAACCCCAGACUGUUUAUCAGACUCCUAGGAAUCCGGCACCAAUCUCUGGGUAUGACCGUAUUGGUCGGAAAGGCGGUCGUCACGGUCACCAUGGAAAUCCGUUCCAGCACGUCCGAAGGAGGGACGGUACUUCUGGAGGCCUCGGGGAUGUCCGGGCUUCUCAGGCUCUCGGUGGAGAGGGCGUGUUUGAUCCUCGGGUUGUGCGCCUGACUCUGGAGGAUGUGGAGCUCGAUGAUACGGCUCCACAGAGUAAUGACACAGCUGAAGAUAGUGACGCCUCUACAACAUUCUCUCCUCAGUUGAACAUCAAGUGUGGACCUUUAUUGCGGUACACAGGUCUGCGUAGAGACGGCACGUAUUCGGAGAAUUGCACAGCAAAGGAGGAACGAGAGACCUGGCGUGGAUCAAUAAUGAUUGUUACUACUGAUGACCUCUCAGAUUACUCACCGCCCCCAGUUAUCAGGCUAUUUGCGCGACCUGCGUCUGAAGCAGAGAUUGGGGAAACCAAUGGUGAUGCAUCAGCGGAGGCGGCGACAGCGUCUACAACUGGAGAGCGCCUCGGCGCUAGACCAGCCGAGGGACUCCCUUCGGAGAAAGACAUGCCUCAUGAAGAUAUUUUAUUGAGAAACGUUGUGACCACUCGUCAAGUGAAUGAUGGCGAGAAGCUUGGGAAGUAUAAGGAAGUCGAAGCCACAAAAUUGCACGCCGAGAGGGGGGUAACGUUUUGGAGGUUCAUUGUUGAGGUCGAAUUGGGUGAUGAACAGGCUAGGAUUGCGUACCGUAUCAACCAUGGCCCGUCAAUCGCGUUUUGGGUGCCUGCCCGGGGGCAGACCAUGAAUAUAAUGUUCCACAGUUGUAACGGAUUUAGUCUGAGCGUUAACCCGGAUGACCUUUGCGGACCGGAUCCUCUUUGGAGGGAUGUUCUCCGGGAGCACCGGGCGAAGCCGUUCCAUGUAAUGCUUGGGGGUGGAGAUCAGAUUUAUAACGAUGCUGUGUCUAAACAGACGGAGCAUUUCAAAGCAUGGUUAGGAAUAAAGACACCGUUUAUCAAGUCUUCACACGAGUUCACACCAGAAAUGGCCGAAGAGCUUGAGUAUUUCUACCUGGAACGAUACAGCAUGUGGUUUUCCCAGGGUCUUUUUGGAGUGGCUAAUUCACAAAUUGCGAUGGUAAAUAUUUGGGAUGAUCACGACAUUAUCGAUGGAUUCGGUUCCUAUCCCCACCAUUUCAAUAGCUGUCCUGUAUUCACCGGGCUUGGUGCUGUUGCUUUCAAAUACUAUAUGCUCUUCCAACACCAGAGCAUAGUUGACGAAAAAGAGGAGCAUGAGCCAAGUUGGGUUUUAGGAUGCGCUCCAGGUCCUUAUAUCGCAGAGCUUAGUAGAAGCUGUUUCAUGUUUCUCGGAAGAAAGGUCGCAUUCUUAGGCUUAGACUGUCGAACCGAGCGAAUGCGAGAUAUCGUACUGUCAGAAGAGAGCUACGAUUUGGUAUUUGAACGACUUACCAAGGAAGUUGUUGCUGGAGAAACCAAACAUUUGAUUGUGCUUCUUGGAGUUCCGAUCGCAUAUCCACGGCUCGUGUGGCUGGAGAAUAUCAUGACAUCAAGGCUUAUGGACCCACUGAAGGCUCUCGGGCGUAUGGGGUAUCUCGGAGGAUUCCUCAACAGUUUUGAUGGUGGCGUUGAGCUCCUUGAUGAUCUUGAUGACCAUUGGACGGCCAAAAACCAUAAAACCGAAAGAAACUGGUUUAUUGAAAGGCUUCAAGAUUUUGCCGCCGAGAAGUCUGUACGAAUCACAAUCCUUGGUGGCGACGUCCACCUCGCUGGAAUUGGCCAAUUCUUUUCGAGUCCUAAACUCCAUAUUCCUCGGGAGAAUGAUCACCGAUACAUGCCGAAUGUCAUUUCCUCCGCAAUUGUGAACACACCACCACCUAAUGCAAUGGCGGACGUUCUCAACAAGCGAAAUAAGGUUCACCACCUCAACCACGAAACUGACGAAGACAUGUGCCCUAUCUUUUACACGGACGUUGAUGGCAAGCCCCGAAACAACAAACGCCUUCUGCCGAGACGCAAUUACGCCAUAAUCCGUGAGUACUCUGCCGCUAUUGCCCCGCUCAGCGAAACCGCUCAGCCACCCGUCAAACGCUCGACCUUCUCCAAGAUCAAAGGGGCCACCUUCGGCAGCAACAAGUCUAACAAGCCGGACCCACUGUCGAAUGUGAGGAUGGCAGGCGUGGAUGGCGCAAACACGAAUGGUCCGAAAGCCGUUGCCGAUAGGCUUGGUGGGGACGCGCUGGACGUGGUGUUGAGAAUGGAGGUUGAUCAGAAGGAUCCUGCAGGCAAUACGAAGCCGUAUAGGCUUCUUGUGCCGGCGCUGAAGUUUGAGGAGGAUGCUGCGGAUGGGGGCGCACACGACGGAGGCGGGGGAGGGUGGAUUUGA